UUUCUAUAAAUUGUCAUGAGAAAGAGCUAAUCGAUUAAGGAUACAACAAAUUAUGGGUUACUAUAUAUAGACUUCCCCAGCAAUGUAGGUCAGUUGGUAAGGCACUGUGCCGGUCUCCUUGCACCCGAGUUUAAACCCUUACCCGUACAUUAGAAUAAUCCCAAUCCCCACCCAUCCCAAAUAAGAUGGGGAAGAAAAGAAAAGAAAAUACUUGGGCUAAUCUAAGCCUUGAUUGAGGACUUGAAGUAAGCCCAUCUGAAAUUCUUAUGCGUUGGGCCAAGCCUUUAGCCCUUGUAUGAAAAUAGACCCAUUAGCUUUUUGGGGUGUCUUUGCCAUCGACAGUUAGUCAGUUACAUUCAACUAUAACUGCCCUCUGUUUUUCCCUCCAGAUUAACAAACUCAACUCACAAAUCACAAAGAAUACCACUUUCUCUCUCUCUCUCUCUCUCUCUGAAGAAAGAAAGAAGCAGACUUGAAUCCAACACCAAUGGCUUGUUGCACUCGUUGGCAUGCAGCAGUCUACUUCACCAUGGCUGUAAUAUUGGCCUUCAUAGCAAUCUCCAUGACACUGCGUUCAGAAGCCAACGAUGAAACUUCACAAACCAAACCCAUCAGCCACAUCGUCUCACUCAACGCCUCAAGAACUCUGAGAAGAGCCGGCUUCAACAUCAUGGCCACUCUCCUCCAAGUCUCACCAGAACUCUUCUUUUCCUCUGCAAACGCAACCCUCUUUGCUGUCAAAGACUCUGCCAUCUCCAACGCCACUCUCCCUCCCCGCCUCUUGAAAAACCUCCUCCAAUACCACACCUCCCCUCUCCAGCUUUCAAUGGAAGACCUUCUGAGCAAGCCUCAAGGUGCUUGUUUGCCUACCCUUUAUCAGCAAAAGAGCAUUGCAAUCACCAAAGUUGAUGAGAAAGAAAGAUCGGUUGAGAUCAAUAAUGUGUUGGUUUCACACCCAAAUCUGUUUCUUGAAGGACCCAUUUCAAUUCAUGGUGUUCUUGGGCCAUUCUCUGCUUUGGAUCCUCGAGAUGUUUAUCAGGGUUGGGAUAUUAUUCAGUCACCUGCCUGUGACUCCAAUUCAAAUAUGAUUUCUGAUGUUCCUCCUGAUUUGAAGAACAUGGUUGAAUGGUCCCGGAUCAUCCGAUUGCUGAACUCAAAUGGGUUCGUUUCGUUUGCCAUUGGGCUGCACUCUGUUCUUGAUGGGAUUCUUGGAGAUCAUAAGGGUUUGAAGUCUUUGACAAUUUUUGUUCCACCAAGCUUGGAGCUUGAAGCAUAUCCUACUCCUUUGCUUGAGAAAAUUGUGAGGUUUCAUGUCCUGCCUCAGAAGUUUACAAACAGAGAGCUCGAAUCGUUGGCUCCAAGAACAUUGCUCAGGACCCUGCUUCAUGGUCAGCCUCUUGAGGUCACUGGGGCUGUGGAUUUCAUGAAAGGAUUGGUCAUUAGUGGAGUGAACAUUGUGGCCCCUGAUAUGUUUUCUUCCAGCAAGUUCAUUGUCCAUGGGAUUUCCCGAGCUUUGGAGCUGGACGAUCUACCUAAUACAGCAAGAUAAGGUGGUUUCAUUUCAACUGGUGCUGGGUAACAAUCUCAAUGCCUCUUUUCCCUCAGCCAAUGGAUAUUGAAGUCAUGCAAAAUCGAAAGGCAAAGGCACAUCACCUUGC